CUUGUGCUUGACUCACAUCCCUUCCUAGAGCUAGCUAGUAGAAAUCACUUUCUCUCCUCAGCUUUUCUUCUCUUCUGAUCCCUUUCUUUUCUACAUCAAAUUACCAGCAACUUUUCUUUUGAUUUCCAAACCAGUAUGGGGGGAAAUUCGCCCUGUGCUUCCUGCAAAUUGCUUCGUCGCCGCUGUGCCAAGGACUGCAUCUUUGCUCCUUACUUCCCUUCUGAUGAUCCCCACAAGUUUGCUAUAGUUCACAAGGUUUUUGGUGCUAGCAAUGUCAGCAAAAUGUUGCAGGAGCUUCCAGUUCAGCAGAGGGCGGAUGCAGUGAGCAGCUUGGUGUAUGAAGCAAACGCAAGAGUCAGGGACCCGGUCUAUGGGUGCGUAGGGGCCAUAUCUUACCUACAGAACCAGGUGUCUCAGCUCCAAAUGCAGCUGGCCGUGGCUCAAGCAGAAAUACUGUGCAUCCAGGUGCAGCAAGAGCCAAUGGCACCAACCCCACAGCUAGACCAAGACGACAAAUCCUUCCUCCUCCACAACAACGUCGGCCUCCCUCAUCAUCACCAGUACCUCAAUUUAGCUAACUCUUCCAGCAAUGUAAUUCAAGACUCUCUCAAGAGAGAGAGCAUCUUUGGAGACAUGGUUUCUUAA